AUGAAAGUGGAAGCCGAGGAGAGGGACUGAGGGAGACCUCUCUUCUUGCAGUUGCAGCUGGCUCUUCUUUCCUUUCCUUUCCAUCUCUUUCUCUUUGUCUUUCCUUUUCCGAGUUAAUUGUUUCCCUCUUCCCGCAUCUCUUGCCUCAUCUCUCUCCAGUUAUUUUUCACUCUCUCUUCCCCCUUGUUUUCAGUGUGUAGGUGGUUUUCUAGCUUGAUUUUCUUUUCCCAUUUCCCUCUUUGUGCCUCGUUAAUUCUUCACCUGGAUUUUCUACCCUCAAAAGAGUUCCACCUGAGCACUGACUCCUGUGUGGUCUUGGAUCAUGUCUGCUGCAUCAAUGUGAAGCCUUUUUUUCUGGGAUCGCACAACCAUACAAUAAAUUUCUUUCUCACAGGUGUUAGGUGGGACAUUAGAUUUGUGUUGUGAGAGCUCUGUAGUUACUGCAUGGAGAAUGCUAAAACCCCUGAUAAAACCCUAGAGGCCGAGAACCCAGAUGGGAAAACCCUGAAAGCUGGAAACUUUAAGACCAUGGAGUUGUUGGGCCAAGCUACUGGCUCUUGUCCUGAGAAAUGCGGUGCUGUGGAGUCUCAGUCGGAGGCGCUGCCAGAAGGAAAUGGUGAAAAAUUGAUUGUAGGAAAUGGUGUCUGUGAAGGAGAGGAAUUUGAAAGUGGUGAUCUGACCUCCGUGGUUGUUCCCCAAGUGGUUAAUGGUGGUCAUGCUCUUGAAGUUGAAAAGGUCUCGUCUUUAAGAGAUUGCGCUGAUGGGGAAUUUGAGAGUGAGGAGCAUUCGAGGGAUAGAGUUUUGCAGAAGGAGGAUGAUUCUCUGGCCAGUGAUGGAGUGGAUACAGGUAGGAAUGUGAAUGUUUCAGUCAAUAACAUAUCACUGUAUGUGGAGCUUCCUGGCCCUCUUGAUCAAACUGGUUACCCCAAAGAUAUGAAUUGUGUUGGUUCGACCAAGGAUUUGGCAAAGAAAGAGUGUGAAAAAGAGCCAAUUGAGCGGUUCUGUGUAGGGGAUGUAGUGUGGGUUAGAACGAAAAACCAGUCUUGGAGGCCAGGAAAGAUUUGUGGCGACUCUAAUGCAACGAUUUGUUCUAAAGAAGGUCAGCGGAUCAACUGCCAUGUAGUUCAGUAUUUUGGGGCUAGCCAUGUCACUUGGUGCCCACCAUCUGACCUAAGGCAUUUCCAUGACAAUUUUGAUCAAAUGGUAGAGGGAAACAAGGGUAGAAACUUAACUGGAGCAGUAGAGAAAGCCAUGGAUGAGUAUGUGAGAUGUUUGAAGUCGGAGAUCAACAGUUCUUGCAUGGUCAAGCAAGAAGAUGGUGGUAGCGGCAAGGAAUGCAAGCAUUUACAAGAGUUCAGAUUUAGUGAAUCAGUGACAAAGUUUGAGCCAAUGACAUUUCUUUCUCGGGUCAAACAACUUGCUGUGGCUGUUAGCAAACCUUCUAUGCUUGAGUUGGCACUUGCUAAAAUUCGGGUGGAAGCCUUCUCUUGUUUCAGAGGACACUUGCAGGUACACCUUGAUGAACUGUGGGAGCAGAGUCCAAAGAAGAGAAAAGGUGGCAAGACUGGGUCAAUUACAACAAAAGUCAAUGGGAAUGCUCUAGUUGGAGAUCAAAACUCAACUCAGAUUCAAGGGACAAGUGCUGGUCUUAAGGAAACUUUGGGACAAAGUGACCAGGAAUCAAGAUCAAGGAAAAGAAAGCGUAACCAGUUCUUUGAAAUCAACUUCAGGAGGGAAGAUAUCGGUGAAGAUUUGCCGAACUCUCCUUCUACGAAGGAGGCUGGAAACUUGGGUUCUCCAUCGACAGCGGAUAAUCAGAGUUCUGACAUGAGAGAAAGGAAGAGGAGCAAGUAUUUAUCAUAUCCAUAUGUCAACCUGGAACAUAAAAACAAUAGGCCAGAUGAAAAGGAAAAACCCAAGAUUCCAGAAAUGGAAGUUAUGAGAGGUGUUUCAAGUGAGGAUGUUGUUGGGCUAAGUGGAGCUUCUUCUAUAUCUUCUAGCAAAAGAUUCCAAAAGCAGUGGUUCGAGAAUUUCAUCAAAGACACAAGUAUAUCAAGUAAGCCAGAGUUUCUGAGUGCAUCGGUCUCCAAUUUGUUGUCUGAGCUAUCUCGUGCUUCUGUAGAUUGUUUGUAUCAAAGCAAGAGCAAGAACUUUGCCAUAGUAGAGUGGUUCUUUUCGAGGUUCAGAAUAUCAGCGUUUCAUGACGAGUCCAUUUAUGAGAUGCAUUGCAAGAACACCACUGGGGAUAAUGCUGCUGAGAUUCAGACACCCCCUGGAAAGGUUGCUGAAGAGACAAGUCAGACUUUGCCACCUACGCAGGUGUGGAAGAAGAUGAAUGAAUCAGAAAAUUCAGCUACUACUAAUGUCGAAGUUGCUACAAAUGGCAUGGCAGCAGAUACUAACUGUUGCGUAGUCAUUCUUCCCUCAUCAGAUAAAGGGCUUGUACACAAUAAUGGAAGUGAGGAGCAAGGAACAUUUCUGGUAAGUCAGGAGAUUGACCAAAUCACCAACAUACCCGACCUAAACAGCAAUGGUGUACCAAAUUUGUUGUCUUUAAGUCCACAGGCUGUGACAAAGAUACAGGAGAAAGCAACAUUGCCAGUUGUGAAUGGAAAUGUUUCAGAAGCUGGAACAUUGUCAGAAUGUUUGCAGGGUAGAGGCCCGUUUUCUACAAGUCACCUUCCUGGAGAAGGUAAUGUGACAUGUUCCCCUACUAGCAUUUCGGAUACAAACGGUAAGUUAAUAAGUUUCGGGUCAUCCACGUGGGACCCGCCGCUCACCAGCUGUGAUACUGUCAAAGUAGAAGGUAAGCUUGUUCCUAAGAAAAGAAAGAGGGAGGAGACCCCAGUUUCAGAACAGGUUAUUUCUGCUGCUGCUGGAAUUCCUGAUUUAAAUGGGGGACUUAAUGCUGAAAAUGGGACAUCCGCAAAUCUUGGGGCGAAGAGGGGAAGAGGAAGAGGAAGAGGAAGAGGAAGAGGAGGUAAUCCAGGGAGACUAACAAAGAAAUAUGCCCCCAGCGUACCAUUUGAAAAAUACAGCAGGAAAUGGUUUAAUGGAGAACCUCCAAAAGAGCCAGAAUCACGGCCUUUGCAUAACCCUGGUGCUCCGCCACAAGUCUUCUUCACAAAGGCUGCUGAUGGUGAUAAGUCAUUCAGGAGCAGCCUAGAGAAGGGUAAUAAUCCUUUUGGCGGAACCCCUGUGAGUUCCCAGCUUCUUCCUGUUGCAGCUUCCCCAACAUCUCAUUCCAAGGGAGAGUUGAACACCACGGGAAUGCCAGCAGCACCUAAAGCUGCGGUUGCACCUCCCAUCGACGUCAUAAGGCAAAAUCUGGCGAUGAUGACAUCAAUGCUGCAGAAAUCGGGAGAUGGUCUUUCACCUGAGAUGAGGAGCAAGUUGGAGAGUGAGAUAAACUCUCUUAUGAAGAAAGUCAGCUCCAUGCCCAAAUCUUCCUCCUCCACCUCCUCUUAAACGAGAAUGAUGUAGAAAUGCAGAUCCAACCGAUUCUGUAUGUAACCUCGUUUAGGCUGUUCAUUAGGUAGGAACAAUAAGCUCUCUCUAGGCAGUUUUCAGUAUGUAAUGAGGAUUGAGAGGAAGCUGGCUUAGUUUUACUCUCUAUGCUCUGUUGUUUUCUCCUCGCUAAGAGGAUGGUUUUAGAGCAAUGAACAAGUGAUGAGCAUUUAUGAUGUUAGUCAUCUUAUAAUCUUAUGCCCCUGCUGAACUUUGUUUUCAUUUUUGGCUGAGUUUUUCUAUGAUCCUUCCUAUCAUGGGCGUUCAUUGUAUGAAAUAAACCGCGCACUCAAAUCGUAAAGUAAAA